AUGGGCAAGAUGGACAACACCUCCGUGGAGCUGAGCUCUCCCUCUGAGGUGAAGCAGGCAGCCCUGGAGGAGCCAGAGCCCAUCAGCCCUGAGGUUGUGAGCACCAAGAAGAAGAAGAAGGAGAUCCCAGACAGAGGUUCCUGGAAGGGGAAAUUUGACUUCUUGCUGUCCUGUGUGGGCUAUGCUAUUGGUCUGGGCAACGUCUGGCGCUUCCCUUAUCUCUGUGGCAAAAAUGGAGGAGGGGCCUUCCUCAUCCCCUAUUUCCUGACGCUAGUGUUUGCUGGGAUUCCUCUCUUCCUGCUGGAAACUGCUCUGGGCCAGUAUACUUCUGUUGGUGGACUGGGAGUCUGGAGAUUAGCACCCAUGUUCAAAGGUGUUGGACUGGCAGCUAUGGUUCUGUCCUUCUGGCUGAACAUUUACUACAUUGUCAUCAUUGCCUGGGCUCUCUACUACCUCUUCAACUCCUUCACUGCGGACCUGCCGUGGCAGACCUGUGGGAACGCUUGGAACACAGACCGCUGCUUCUCCAACUACUCCCUGAACGACACCACCAACCUCACCAGCGCUGUCACCGAGUUCUGGGAGAGGAACAUGCACCAGAUGUCCGGAGGCCUGGGGGAGCCUGGCACCAUCCGCUGGCCCCUGGCUGGCACGCUGGCCCUGGCCUGGCUGCUGGUCUACUUCUCCAUCUGGAAGGGCGUGGAGUGGACAGGCAAGGUGGUGUAUUUCUCAGCCACCUACCCCUACUUCAUGCUUUUCAUCCUAUUGUUCCGGGGAGUCACGCUGCCAGGAGCCAAGGAGGGGAUCCUUUUCUACCUCACACCUGACUUCAGGAAGCUCUCUGACUCUGAGGUCUGGAUGGACGCAGCCACUCAGAUCUUCUUCUCCUACGGCCUGGGGCUGGGCUCCCUCAUUGCUCUGGGCAGCUACAACACUUUCCACAACAAUGUCUACAGAGACUCCAUUAUUGUCUGUUGUAUAAACUCCACCACAAGCAUAUUUGCAGGAUUUGUUAUUUUCUCUAUCAUUGGCUUCAUGUCACACAUCACAAAGAAGUCGGUGUCAGAGCUGGCCUCCUCGGGCCCUGGACUGGCUUUCCUCGCCUACCCGCAGGUUGUCACACAGCUGCCCUUGUCCCCACUCUGGUCAAUCCUCUUCUUCUCCAUGCUGAUGAUGCUGGGUCUGGACAGUCAGUUCUGCACUGUGGAAGGGUUCAUCACAGCCCUGAUGGAUGAGUAUCCUCAAGUCCUAAGAGCCAGGAAGAAGAUCUUCAUUGCAGUAGUCUGCUUCAUCUCUUAUCUCAUUGGAUUCUCCAACAUCACCCAGGGUGGCAUUUAUGUCUUCAAGCUGUUUGAUUACUACUCAGCCAGUGGCAUGUGUCUUCUUUUUCUUGUCUUCUUUGAGACCAUCUCAAUUUCUUGGUGUUAUGGUGUGAACAGGUUUUACAGGAACAUUGAAGAAAUGAUUGGCUACAAGCCUUGCAUCUGGUGGAAGAUCUGCUGGGCCUUCUUCACACCUCUUGUCUGCCUGGGUGUGUUCUUCUUUAGUGUGGUGGAAAUGACCCCUCUGACACUGGGAAAAUACGUCUAUCCUGUGUGGGGACAAGGCAUCGGUUGGCUCAUGGCUCUGUCCUCCAUGCUUCUGAUUCCAGGGUACAUGCUCUACUCUUUCUUCACCUCAACAGGGACUCUCCGGCAGCGUUUGCAGCAGAUGACACAGCCCAGGCCAGAGGUGCACGCUCACAACAAUGGUCUCCAGCCGAAGACGUCCUUGAAUGGGAGGAGCUCCGAUGCCGCCGUGUAGGAGGAAAGACCCAACUCCUCGCUCUGCCCUGUAGUUGCUCACUCCACAUUGUCCCUCGAGCUCCUCUGGCACAGCUUGCUGUCCCUGGCUCUGCAGUGGCUUUUGUUUGUCCAAGAGAGGACCUGGUGGAGGAACCUGUUCGUGGCUCUUCCGCCUGGCUGGCUGACCAAGGCCCUGAACAAGCUGCCACCAGGGCAU